AUGGCCAGAAUAUUCGCAAAGGUCAAGAAGAUCUUCUCUCGGCCCAAGAACCUUGAGGCAGCAUCCAGCAACGCUUCCACAGCGUCUUCGACCUUUGAUGCCGACCCUCGACCCUCGACCGCAACACCGUCAUAUCAUCACGCCGCAGCAGUGCAACCACCUGCCUACCGAUGCCCCCCUCAGCUGCAGCCCCCUGCAACCAGCCCCUCGCAGGCUGCCGCUUCAAACUUCAAUCAGCAGGCCAGACAGAUCGCCCAGUUCCAGGUUGGCGGCAUGAGGCGCACAAGAGGGACGUCAUCCUACCUAACCUCAUACGAGUCUACACAGACCUCGGGUGCAUCAUCCUCAGCAUGGACACGACCUUCGUACGGCUCAGUUGACCAGACCACAAUGUCAUCCUACGGCCACGACGGUGACAAUGCACUCGAUACGGACGAGAAGAAGGACAUGCAUGCCAACCACCACCGUCAGCAUGCAAGGAGCACCUGGCAGGGCAAGCCGAACGGCACGGCUUAUGACCGCAGGGAGGAGUUGACCGAACAGGACGAGGACAUGUGGGCCAGACUCUCGAUCAUAUGGCCGGCCCCUCAGCACUUGACAUGCGCCAAGUCCUCGGGCUAUGGCAGUUGGGAGAUUCCGGAUUCGAGUGGGAAUAACAAUCAAUGGAUUCAUCUUGACCAAUUGGCCGAGAACGGGCAGAGGUCUUCGAUGACAGCUUCGAUGAACGCCAUCAAUCCGUUCCCGUUCCCGACCGAAAUAAGCUGGAAAGCGGCGGGCUCGGAUCAUGUUGAACAGGACACAGAAGCUCCUUCCAUGAUUAUCAAGACGAAUGAAUCAUGGGAGGGAGGAAAGACGGGUUUUACAGACAAGGCCAAUGCCAAGAGCUUCCGACGACAUCUUCACUCAUCGGCAGCAGUAAUGGCUCCCAAAUUAAUACCUGGCUAUGUUCUCGCAUCUGUGGCCAUUUCCAUCGGCGGCCUCAUAAAUGGCUACGAUACCGGGUCGAUAGGCGCCGUGACUUCCAUGUCGCAAUUUGAAGCUACUAUCGGGCACCUUUCUCCUACGCUUGUCGGCUUUACAGUAUCGCUCAUAAUGUUGGCCGGUGCCGCUCCCUCCGUUUUUGCGGGCUGGCUGGCCGAUCACCACGGGCGACUGAAAACGAUCCUGCUUGGUUCCGUGCUCUUCUGUGCUGGCGCGCUGCUCCAAGGAACGGCAUAUAGUCUUCCUCAGUUCCUGCUGGGAAGGACGGUCGCCGGUCUGGGAGAGGGCGUUUUUCUAAGUAACAUGAGUGUGUACAUUUCCGAGAUUUCGCCUACAAAAAGCAGGGGCGUUCUCUCAGGACUACCGCAAUUCAUGGCUACGGCAGGUAUUUGCAUUGGGUAUUUCACGUGCUACGGGAGUGUCUACAUCCGCGAGUCCAGUAUGGCUUGGAGACUGCCAUUCAUCAUCAUGGUCGCGAUGGCUCUCACUUUGAUAGCAUGCUGCACGAGGCUGCCAGAGUCUCCGAGAUGGUCCAUGAGCCGCGGUGAUCAGUCUGCGGCUCUGGCUGCAUUGCAAAGACUUGACUUCUCGAUGGUCGAAGCCGAGAAGAUCAUGAGUGACGGUGCAGCAGCUGAGCAGAGAGUCAGUUUGACGCCUUGGCAGAGCUUUGCCCUCUUAUUCAGGAGAGGGUACCGAGCGAGAACAAUCCUGGCUCUCUUUGUAUUGGGCAUGGUUCAGCUAUCUGGCAUUGACGGCGUGCUUUACUAUGCGCCGCUGCUAUUUGGGCAGGCCGGGUUAUCCUCAGCUACCGCCUCAUUCCUAGCAUCAGGGGUGUCGGGAAUACUUAUGCUAUUAAUCUCUGUGCCUGCCUUCCUCCUGGCAGACAAGUGGGGACGGCGUACGUCAGCCAUCACAGGCGGUAUCGGUCUGUCAGGCAUCAUGUUUCUGAUAGGUUCGCUCUAUGCGGCGGGCGCGGUUCAUCCGUAUGGUAUUGCCCGUUGGGUUGUUGUUGUCUCUGUCUUUUUAUUCGGCCUGACAUAUUGCGCGACCUGGGGAAUCGUGGGCAAAAUCUAUGCAACCGAGAUACAGCCGACCCACGUCAGGGCCGCUGCAAACUGUGUAGCUCAGGGCCUUGGUUUUUUCACGAACUGGUUCGUCGCAAUGCUCACUCCCAUUCUACUCGACAAAUCCGCGUUCGGUGCAUAUUUUCUCUUUGGCGGCCUGGCAAUGUUCACGGUGGUGGUCCUUGGAGCUUAUAUGCCUGAGACUCGGGGCCGGUCGCUGGAAGAUAUCCAGCAGGCCUUCCACAGGCCUGCUCUGGGGAGUCUGAAAUCCAGUCUCAAGUCCCUUAUCCGUCGUGGAGAGAGCCCUUCAACGAGCACGCCGGCUUCUACUCUAGGUCACAGUGAAGAUGUUGAGUUACGGCCUUCGAUCGCGGAGCAUCCUGGUGCUAUUCAGAGGGUUCCAAUCGAAACCAUGACGAGAGGACUGAGGUUCGAUACCAUGACUUCUCGGUCGCUUGUCGUCCGGCUCAAUGAACACGCCAAGCCCCGAAAACUGAGGCUGAAAGGAGAUCCGAGGUCACACGGCGAAUCGAUCACAUCGGGGAUGUUUUAG